AUGGCGGCAGCGCUUGCCGAGGGCAAAGCUCGCCUCCCUAAGAAGUCUGGUCCCUCUACCCCUGAGGUAGACGGGACUUCGGCACCCCCUGCUGGCCCUUCCGAGCCUCUUACGGGGGCUUCCGGGCCCCUGCCCAGUUCGCCCGAGCCUGCCAUAAUUGUCGUAGCGGACUCCAGUGACGAGCCGCAUGAGGUUAUAACUCCCUCCGUCGAGGUCAGCUCCCAGCGGGCGGACUCGUCCAAAAAGAGGAAGGAACCUGAGAUUUCCUCGACUUUUCGUGAGAAGAGCCGAGCUCGGAGUGGUUCGUCAGGAGACGAGCGAAGUAAGUCCAGCUCGAAAGAUAGGGUUCCUUCCUCGGAAUCCGGUGAUUCCUCUAGCAAGCUGCCUUCAAAGGAACGUCGUCCCUCCCCCCGAGUUCCCCCUGCAUCCCCAGGUGACCUGAUGAGGAGCUAUACUCGGCCAGGAGUUCGGGUUCCGGCGUUUGCGGACAUGUCCGAGCUCAACCGUGCAAACUUCUUCUUUUUUGCGGACAAGAUUGGCGAGCUAAUGAUCGAGUUCAACUCCUCGGUGGCGUCUUAUGAAGAUCAGCUGUUUGCCUCUCCUUCAUCUUCCGAGGUGAGCCUUCUCCGGGAAAAAAUUGCUGACCUGGAAGCCCAAGUGAAGGAGUAUGCUAGACUAGAAGCCGAAAACGCUACUACCGUGGAGAGAGCCGAACAGAUCCGGGCUCGGAUGAAGAAAGCCGAGGUACAGGUGCUCGACCUUGGAAUUGCCAACGAAGACCUCCGAGACAAGCUAAAGAAGGCGGAGGACCUCUACUACGAGGCCGCGGAGGAUGCGAAGGCGGCAAAGAAUAGGUUGCACGAGAUCGAGCUCCGCAACCAGCUACUCGAAGCUGGCAAUACCUGCGAGAUUGAGAGGGUGCGGAGAGAAGAAAGGCAAGCAAUGAGGCGAACUCUCCGUCCAUUAGUCGAGGAGGUGAAAGUCACUUUCGAAGAGAGGGAGAAGCUGGCCCCAGCCAAGAUCCGAGCCGCCGAGAUCAGGGCUAACCGGAUGCUGAUCGAGGAGAUCUCGAGGGGAGAGAUCCAAGACAUGGAAGCUGAGCUCGGGCUCCUAAAAGCCGACGAGGAGGAGGCCGACGAUAAAGUUUCGAAGGUAACUCUCCGUGACCUCGACCUCUCUGGAUUUUCAGACCUUUUGGCGGAUACGCCUGAUCUUUUGUGCAGCGAACACCCUUUGAGCAUUACAAUCGACGAGUCCGGCACUAAUCUCGGGCAAAUGUCGAAUCAGGGGAUGGACGACUUUCUGGCGAACACCAAGUCGGUAGAGGAGCUUGAAGAGAUGGGACUGGCCCUUUCCGAAGCGGCAUCGGACCCCGCUCCCCAUACUCAGUAG